AUAUCACCUGCCAAUACUGUCAGUAUCUGAUUGCUUUCCGAGGUGGUAGGGUAAAGAAAAUGAAGCUCUUUCUACUUGUUUUGUCAGUGGUAGCUGCUGUUGCUAGCGAAGAUGCAUCCAGCCGUCUUACUGGAGGAACCGUCACCCUUCCGGGACAAUUUCCCGCUGCGGUCAGUAUUGAUUCUCCGUACAACCUGCACUGUGGAGGAACGAUCCUGAAUCGGCAACAUGUGCUGACUGCCGCGUGGUGCGUUAUGCAUCCAACGACCUUCUCCCUCAUCAACCCAUUCUGGCUUCGGGUCAUCGCAGGUGACGUCAAUCUGGUACCGACCUCAGUCCGUCGCGAAAUUCGCAAUGUAACGCACCUUUUCGUCCAUCCGAACUACAAUCGGCUGAGCAGCAAUAACGACUUGGCGGUGAUUCGUGUCAACACCAUGUUCCCAGAGUUCCAUAAUACGAUCGAGCCAGCCGUGAUGAACACUCGGUUCCUAGCCGACAACACUCAGUGUCAAUUCGCUGGCUGGGGAGCAGCUACCAAUGCUAUUAAUGCUCCACUGAACCCCGCUCAACGAGUGAUCACCACUCCAAUCAUUCCCACGGCACAGUGCAAUGCAGCUAACGUUCAUGCAAACCGUGUUUUGUCGACGAUGAUAUGCGCCGGAUCAAUCCCCGCUACUGCCAACACGGUUUGCCAGGGUAACACUGGAGGUGGUCUCUACUGCAAUGGUCAACUUACCGGCGUGCUUUCAUUCGGAUUUGCCUGCGGAGCCGCCAAUAACCCUGGAGUCUACAUUGACGUCAGACAGUAUCGCGUAUGGAUCGACAGCCAGUUCACUCGCACUGACAACCCUGCCCCAGGAUGGAUCCCCAAUCCCUUGUAAAG